AGGAGCCUCUGCUUUCCCCCACCGCGCGCUGCGUCUGCGGCUCCUUCUGCAACCCGGUGAGAUUCUGCAACAUCUUUUUGGUGCGUUUGGUGGAAAGGAGGAGGCGUCGCAUGGGAGACGCAGAUCAGGAGAACCGUCACAGGAAACAAAUAGGGAGAGGGGUUGUUCGUGUCUCCGUUCCCCAUCUAAGAUAGAAUCACAGAAUCGUAAACUUGCAAGAGUCAUCUUGUCCAACCCUCUGCAAUGCAGGAAUCUUUUGCCCAUGUGAGACUCGAACCCACGACCCUGAGAUGAAGAGUCUAUUGCUCUCCCGGCUGAGCUGUUUGGGGAGGCUGGGGUUUAAAGAGGGGCUGCGAGGUGGAGUUGAUCAGUGGGAGCGGAUGGUCAUAGAGUUGGAAGGGACCCUGAGGAUCAUCUACUCCAGCCCCCUUUAACACAGGAACAUGCAACUGACCCAUAUUUUAUUUUGCUGGAAGCUGCCCAGAGUGACUGGGGGAACCCAGCCAGAUGGGCCAGGGUGUAAGCAAUAAAAUUAUUAUGAUGAUUAAGGAGCAAACAUGCGCUGAGGAUGGGAGUUUGGGCUUCUCCUGGCCUGCAGGCGACAUAGCUCCUGUUAUAAUUGUUUAUGCACAUCAUGUAAUUAGGUAAAGGUAAAGGGACCCCUGACCAUUAGGUCCAGUCGUGGGCGACUCUGGGGUUGCGGUGCUCAUCUCGCUUUACUAGCCGAGGGAGCCAGCGUAUAGCUGGUCAUGUGGCCAGCAUGACUAAGCCGCUUCUGGUGAACCAGAGCAGCGCAUAGAAAUUACCUUCCCGCCGGAGCGGUACCUAUUUAUCUACUUGCACUUUGACGUGCUUUUGAACUGCUAGGUUGGCAGGAGCAGGGACCGAGCAACGGGAGCUCCCCCCGUAGUGGGGACUCGAACCGCUGACCUUCUUAUCAGCAAGUCCUAGACUCUGUGGUUGAACCCACAGCGCCACCCGCGUCCCUAAUUAAUCAUGUAAUUAAAUAGCAAUAAAAAGCUUUACAAAGAAAAUAAUUCAGAAAAGAGGCAAGCAGGCAGAGCACAGCCAUGACGGCCAGUAGCCAUUGAUAGCCCUCUGCUCCAUGAAUUUGUACCGUCCUCUCUUAAAGGCAGCGCGGUGCAGUGGUGAGAGCAGGCCAGGACCAUGAAGCUCCCGAGGGGACAACAACUUUGGCCCACUUCCUGUCAGCAUGGCCUACCUCAUAGGGUUGUCAUGAGGAUUAAAUGGAGAGAGGGGGAGCCACGCAAGCUGCCUUGAGCUCCUUGGAGGAAAAGGUGGAAUACAAAAGUAUAGACUCCUGGAGUCAGAAGGGACCUGAGGGUCAUCUAGUCCAACCCCAGCGAUGUAGGAAUAUACAGGUGGGUCGAGCCUGCAACCUUGGUGUUACUGGAAAUAUGCUCUAACCAGCUGAGCUCUCCCAGCCAAUUCUUCUUCUUCCCUUAAAAUUAAAGCCCCUGUUUGUCAAGCGGAGCUUUCCAGCUUGGUAGCACAUAAUAAAUGUGUGCGCAUUCAGACGCCAGUGUUUUCCAGGGAUCACGUUAUGCUGAGAGUACUUCUGCCCAAAGACACUAUUCCUGUAUGAGGGGUUUGGCAUUUACAGGAUUAAAACCGAGCUUUAAGAGCAUAGAUGAAAACAGUCCUUGUUAGUGAUCCCUGAAUAUAGCAAUGGGAGGAAGCUGGGCCAGGAUGUGGUAUGUUUCCCUCUGGCUGAUGAGUCUGUGUGAGUCUGGGUAUGGACGCAGAAUCUUAAGAGUUGGAAGGGAUCUGAGGGUCAUCUAGCCCAACCCCUGCAAUGCAGGAAUCUCAGCUGAAGCACCCAGUGCUUUUCCAGCUGCACUGGCUCCCGGUGGAGUACAGGGUCAGGUUUAAGGUGCUGGUUUUGACCUUUAAAGCCCUUCACGGCCUAGGACCCUCGUACCUAUGGGACCGCCUCUCCCGGUAUGCCCCACGGAGGACCUUAAGGUCCAUAAAUAGCAACACCCUAGAGGUCCCGGGCCCUAAGGAAGUCAGAUUAGCCUCAACCAGAGUCAGGGCCUUCUCAACACUGGCUCCGGCCUGGUGGAACGCUCUGCCUCAUGAGACCAGGGCUCUGCAGGAUCUGAUUUCUUUCUGCAGGGCCUGUAAGACAGAGUUGCUCUGCCUGGCUUUUGGCUUGGAAUUAACUUGAUCCCCCACCCCUCUUUCUUUUUUCCUUCUGUGAUGGAACUCCUACUUGGGGACUUCCCUGGCUUUUUAAAAAUGUAUUUUAAUCUUGUUUUUUAAGUUGUAUUUCAAUAAAUUGUUUUAUAUCUGGUGUUAGCCACCCUGAGCCCGGUCUUGGCUGGGGAGGGCGGGGUAUAAAUAAAAUUUAUUAUUAUUAUUAUUAUCCAUGACAGAUGGCCACUCAACCUCUGCUUAAAAACCUCCGAGGAAGGAGAGUCCGCAGUCUUAAGGGAGACCAAGAUGCGGUCUUGGUCCAGGUUCUUAGAUUUUGGGGCAGGGAUCCCGCAAACGGGCAGCAUGAGAGGAACAUGAAUAGCUGUGUGAGCAAUAGAACCUCCAUAUGCAGAACCGGUAUACCGGAUCUCAAAUGGGGGGAAGAAAUGUUGUGUAUUACAUAAUUCACAAUAUGAGGAAUCAAAAUGAAAAAUACGUUUUCAUCAGAGAAUGUUUUUCUGCAGAUAAGAGAUGGAAGAACAAGACUCUGCCGCCCUCGAAGCAGGAAGACAGCCUGAUAGCAUCAUGACUGGGAGCACUGGGGAAAUUUGGGUUGGAAGCAGACACAAGACAUUGAGGCAGAACAUCCAUGGCUCAGAUGUGCACUGCCAACAGUUUAGGCACUUCCACUACCAGGAGGCCAAGGGACCACGGGAUGUUUGCAGCCGACUCCACCAUCUCUGCUGUCAGUGGCUGAAGCCGGGGAGACACACCAAGACUCAGAUCCUGGAUUUAGUGAUCCUGGAGCAGUUCCUGGCUGUCCUCCCCCCGGAGAUGGAGAACUGGGUCAGGGAAUGUGGAGCAGAGACCAGUUCCCAGGCGGUGGCCCUGGCCGAAGGUUUCCUCCUGAGUCAGGCAGAGGAGAAGAAGCAGGAAGAGCAGCAGGUGAGAGUUUUGUCUGGAUCAGGGAAAGUCAACCUGAUGUCCUCUAGAGAUUGUUGAACUAAAACUCCCAUCAUCCCUGUUCAUUCUACAUAUCAACUGGGAAUGAUGGGAGCUGAAGUCCAGCAACUUUUGGAGAGCAUUAUGUCAGCUACCUCUGAGCUAGAUAAUCCCAAGGGGCUCAGGAUGUGAGGGAGGGGAUCCCAGAAUUCUCUGCUUCUUCACCAGCUUUCUGUGGAAGUCAGCCAAACAGAUAGCCAAGUACCCCUGAGGUUUUUGCAUUUGCUGUUUCCGUGCGAUGUCUUCAAUGCAUAUUUCUGUUUCAGGCAAAGGAUCUGGUCACGGAAAUGAGAAGCAAUUUCCCCAAAGCAGAAAGGAAUCUGUCAAUCAUCAGGCAGAGGCCUCUGGGUGAGGAUUUGGGGGUAGUGUUUCAAUAUGGUCUCCCUCUGUUCAUUUUGAAACUAAGCCAUCAACACAGGGGUCAGCAAGCUUUUUCAUUUUUUUUCUCCAAAUUUUUUUAUUCAUUUUAUAACACAAAUAAAGAACACAAACAGAAAAACAAACAAUACAAACAGAUUCUUGUCUUAUCCUUAUUUUUCUAAACAUUGUUAGUUUAGUCCCACCUAUCUGAUUUUCAUUUUACUUCAUCUUUAGCAGUUUACAUAUAUCAUAAUUUCUAACCGGUUUUUUUUUACUUUUAUUUUUACCAUGAAAAUCUUCACAUUUUAUCACUUACAAAUGAUACUCUUUCAAAAUACACUAUCUUCUACUUCUAAGCCUACAGCUUAUAUCCACUUCCAAAGCUAUUCUGAGAUUUAAAUAUUAGCAUUUCCCCCCCCCCCAAAUAUUCCUUAAACUUCUUCCAAUCAUCUUCCACCGUCUCUUCUCUCUGGUCUCGGAGUCUCCUGGUCAGUUCGGCAAGUUCCAUAUAGUCCAUCAUCUUCAUCUGCCAUUCUUCGAUAGUUGGUAAAUCUUGUUUCUUUCAAUUCUUCGCUAGCAAUAUUCUUGCAGCUGUUGUGGCAUACAGAAAAAAAGUAACAUCCUUUUUGGGGAUUUCACCCCCCAGCAAACUUUUUCAGCAGGGGGCCGGUCCACUGUCCCUCAGACCCUGUGGGGGGCCGGACUAUAUUUUGAAAAACAAAAUUAUGCAAGAGCACCACGAGCCCCAGUGGCUGCUUACCUGUGUCUUGUGAGCGGCAGGGGCUGGCGGUGGUGGAGGGACGAUGAGCGGCGUGUGAAAGGGCUCUGGAGACGGGCUGCUUAAAAUGGCGGCCGCUUGAGCUUUGCUGCUGCUGCUGACACCAACAAAGCCCACCCCCUUCCUCCUCUAGGCAGGGCGGGGAGAAGCCAGGAGGAGGGAGGGAGGAGGCGGCGGCGCUGCUGCCGUGUGAGGGAGAGGGAAAGAACAUGUACGCUGGUGAUCCACGCAGCGAUUCCCGGACAGUCCGUGGACCGGAUCCAGAAGGCGAUUGGGCUUGAUCCAGCCCACGGACCUUAGUUUGCCUACCCAUGCAUCAACUGUUAGGAUAUAGUUCCGUUCCACCUUUAGAACAGGCAUGUGGAGUUGUUGUAUGUUACAUGUCUGUUUACUUCCAGCACAGUCUGCUGGGAACUUCCGUUGUAUAUAGCUUUUGCCUAUGCUCUUUGCUUGGACACGAAGGGAAGCAGACAUGUUUUUCCUUCGUCCUGAUGUUGAAUAAAUGCUUGUAAAUAUGCUUACAUAUGCCUCUGUCUGCUACUUCUGUUGCAAAGAGUUCUUAUCUCUGCUAGUUUGCGUGCUCAGUCUCGAAAGGUCUCUGAGGCUUGAGUCGCAGUUUUGAUGCUGUUCUGAGAACCGGAGUUCGCCCGGCUGCUGGCCGGUGGGCUGGAGCCGGCUGGGAGCCUGCCAAUUGCCCCCGUCUCCCCGGAUGCAUCCCAACAUCAACUUCUUUAACCUUUUGCGGGGAGGCAAAUCUCCACCUUUUUCCAGGGCUUGAAAAUACCCUUAUUUGCAACAUGUUGUGCACAUGGAUUUGUGAUCAAAAGCCCCAAAGAGUUGCUAUGUGUUCACACACUGGAACUAUCAAACAGAUGCACAGAUCUCAAACUUGCUCAACAGUUCAGACUUUCUCUAAGUAUCAGUUUCUUAUCCAAGUAUGUGCCAAUAAUAAUAAUAAUAAUAAUAAUAAUAAUUUAUUAUUUGUACCCCGCCCAUAUGGCUGGGUUUCCCAAGCCACUCUGGGCGGCUUCCAACAAAGAUUAAAAAUACAUUAAAAUGUCACACAUUAAACACUUCCCUGAACAGGGCUGCCUUCAGAUGUCUUCUAAAUGUUAGGUAGUUGUUUAUCUCUUUGACAUCUGAUGGGAGGGCAUUCCACAGGGUGGGCGCCACUGUCGAGAAGGCCCUCUGCCUGGUUCCCUGUAACCUCACUUCUCGCAGCGAGGGAACUGCCAGAAGGCCCUCGGCGCUGGACCUCAGUAUCCGGGCAGAACAAUGGGGGUAGAGACGCUCCUUCAGGUAUACUGGACCCGAGGCCAUUUAGGGUUUUAAAGGUCAGCACCAACACUUUGAACUGUGCUCAGAAACAUACUGGGAGCCAGUGUAGGUCUUUCAAGACUGGUGUUAUGUGGUCUUGGCGGCCGCUCCCCGUCACCAGUCUAGCUGCCACAUUCUGGAUUAGUUGUAGUUUCCGGGUCACCUUCAAAGGUAGCCCCACAUAGAGCGCAUUGCAGUAGUCCAAGCGGGAGAUAACUAGUGGUUUUGUCUCUGACAGGCAAUGGAAUGAUGCCGGCAAGAUGUCCUCAGCCAUCUCCUCUUUGUGGUUCAGUAGAAGGAACAGCUGUGAGACCUGAUCAGGUAGGGGGAUGGAUCACUGAGGGGAGAGGCUGGGCCCCACUUUUCCCUCUCACCUCCCUGGUCCUGAGUGAAUCUCUUUCCGUCGAUUUGCUCCUAUCAAAAGCUGCCCUCAGUGAAGGCUGCGAAUGCCACCCAAGAAGGUUUAAUUCCUGAGAAUAAUAAGCACCCACCUCAAUUUAACUGGCCUUUUGAAUGUCGCCAAUAGACCAUCCCUAUCCUACCCAUGAAAAAAUGUUUCCCUUUUCUUUUAGGGUCCCAUAUCAUUUGAGGAUGUGGCUGUGCAUUUCACAGAUGAGGAAUGGUCGCUGCUGGAUCCUGACCAGAGGGUAUUGCAUAAGGAAGUCAUGGAGGAUAACUGGAGGAUCAUGGCCUCUCUCGGUAAGAUCCCCUGUUGCGUCAUAAUAUCGUUUUUUAAAUUCAAUAUUUCUGUAUGUGAGCAAUCCUAAUAUUCUGACAUAGCUCAGCUGUCCUACACAUACAGCAUCUAGGAUUUUUAUUCCUGCUUUUAAUCUUGAAAAUUAAUCUCUCCUGCGUUCUCUCUGAGCAUGCAUUCUCUAAAUCUGCCCUUCACAACUGUGGCUUGGUUGGUCUUAUCUGGUCAGGUUAUUUGUGGAAUGUAAGUUUCAGAGUUGUGAGGGAGGUGGAACGAUGUCAUUUUCCAGAAGGCCAAAGAGAUGAGUACACGUCAUCAGAAACUGAGUGAAUUUCAUGAAUGGGCCAAAUAAUAAUCCACUUCACAAAAGAGGCUGGGGUUCACUGAUUUCCAUAAAAACGAGAGGCCUUUGCCUUCCUAGGAAUGCAAAAAUGCUCUCUCUUUCAGAACCAGCUUCCAUUAUUCUUCUCACCUAAUGGCUUCCGAAUUGGUUCUGAAUCUGGAUUUUCUGCCUAAAACUUUUCCUCAUGUGCUAAUAUAAAGCGUGGCUAAGCUCCAUUUUCAUGUCCAAAAUGCUUCACAACUGAAGCCUGAAGUUUCCCUCUUUGUUUAUAUUAAUUCCAAAGAUGAGGUGAAAGGAAGGGCUGGUGGCAGCUUAGUGUAAUAUUUUUUUUUAGGGGGGACACACCUUUUUACGGCUGGGGUAGCCAAUGUGGGUCCCUCCAGAGGUUGCAGGAUUCCACCUUCAUCAUCCCUGACAGCUGUCCGUUCCAGCUGGAGCUGAUGGGAAAGUCUAAUAACAUCUGGAUGGUACCACAUAAAAGGGUAUUAGCCAGUAAGAACCCCACAUAUUUUCCAAUUUACAGAUUGUUCUCUUCUGAAAGAAAAUUAUAUGAAAAUGAUGUAUAUAACACCUGUACAGAUAGCAAAAAUGUACAAAACCGGCUCUAGCAUUUGCAGGAAAUGUAAAGAAAAAGAAGGGACUUUUUAUCAUAUGUGGUGGGAAUGUAAAGAAAUUUUAAAAAAUGGGAAAUGAUAUAUAAUGAAUUGAAGGAAAUGUUUAAAAUGACAUUUGUAAAAAAACCAGAAGCAUUUUUGUUAGGGAUUGUAGGACAAUACCUGCCAAGGAAAAUAAGGAACUUGUUUAUGUAUGCUACAACAGCGGCAAGAGUCUUGAUAGCACAAGGAUGGAAGAAUGAGGAAACCCCGUCAAAAGAACAGUGGCAAGAGAAAUUGAUGCACUAUGCAGAACUGGCUAAAUUGACAUACUAACUGCGAGACGAGGACAACUGUGACUUUAAGGAAGAAUGGGAACUUCAUACAAAUUAUUUAAAAACACAACAAAAUGAACUGGACUCCUUGGCAGGUUUUGAAUAAACAUACACAAAUUUAUUGUUGAUAACAUGAUGGAAAGAUAUGUAAGGAUAUACAGUGGUACCUCAGGUUAAGUACUUAAUUUGUUCCGGAGGUCCGUUCUUAACCUGAAACUGUUCUUAACCUGAGGUACCACUUCAGCUAAUGGGGCCUCCUGCUGCUGCUGCUGCGCUGCCGGAGCAAGAUUUCUGUUCUCAUCCUGAAGCAAAGUUCUUAACCUGAAGUCUGUAACCUGAAGCGUAUGUAACCUGAGGUACCACUGUAUACAAUUUUAUAAUAUGCAGAGAAAAUAAUGUGCAGCGAAACCAGGGAGAGGAGCUGAGGGAAGUCCAUGGGAGGGAGGUGGGGAUUAUAGGGUUUGAUAAUUUGUUAUGUGGAAAUUGAGCAAUAAAAAAUAUGUUUUUUAAAAAAGAAAGAACCCCACACAUUUCCCCAUUUCUUCUGUUUCAGCACAAGGAAUCCACAGCGCAGAGAAACCAUAUAAAUGCAGUGAGUGUGGAAUGAGCUUUGGCCGGAAGAUAAUUCUCAUGUACCAUCAAAGAAUUCACACUAGGGAGAAACCCUAUAAAUGCUUGGAAUGUGGAACGGGCUUCAGGGAACGCAACCUUCUGACUUCCCAUCAAAGAAUUCACACAGGGGAGAAACCCUUUCAGUGCUUGCAGUGUGGAAAGGUCUUAAGGCAUAAGACAAGUCUUGCUUCUCAUAAAAGAAUCCACUCUGGGGAGAAACCCUAUCAGUGUUUGGAAUGUGAAAAAAGCUUCACUCACAAAAUAACUCUCCUGCACCAUCAAACAGUUCACUCUGGUGAGAAACCACAUAAAUGCUCACAGUGUGGAAAGAGCUUCGCUUUGAAGAAAAACCUCACUUCCCAUCAAAGAAUUCACACCGGGGAGAAACCGUAUAAAUGUUUGCAGUGCGGAAAGAGAUUCAGUCAGAGCUCCCAUCUCACUUACCAUCAGAGAAUUCACACAGGGGAGAAGCCAUAUAAAUGUUUAGAGUGUGGAAAGAACUUCAGCCAAAGUACUAGUCUAAUUUAUCACCAGAAAUCGCACACUGCAGAGUCACAAUAUAAAUGCUUUGAUUGUGGAAAGUGCCUCAGUCAGGAGGCAGAUCUCGUUAAUCAUAAAAAAAUGCACAUCCAGGAUAAACCACAUGUAUGUUUGGAAUGUGGGAAAAGGUACACUCAGAAGAAUUGUCUUAGAAAACAUCAAAGAAUUCAUACAGGAGAGAAACCAUAUAAAUGUUCUGAGUGCGGAAAAAGCUUCAUUGAGAAGUCAGCGCUCACGACACACCAACGAGUUCAUACGGGAGAGAAACCCUAUAAAUGCCUGGAGUGUGGAAAGGGCUUCGCUCAGAGUUCCCAUCGCAAUGUUCACCAAAGAACACACAAAUCGAUGGGCAGUGUAUGGGAGCAGCUUUCUUCAGAUCUCCAGCCUUUAUUCCCACCAAAAAAUCCAUACAGUGGAGAACCCAUAUAAAGACUUAGAAUAUUAAAGGAGCUUUAGGAGCAGUUCCUAGCUUUCUUUCUGCAAGAAAAACCCAAAUAAAUGCUUGAAUUGCAUAUAGACAGGGCAUAUGCAGGAAAAUUUGUGGAGUAAUCCCUAAUAAUAAUAAUAAUAAUAAUAAUAAUAAUAAUAAUAAUAUAUUUAUACCCCGCCCAUCUGGCUGAGUUUCCCCAGCCACUCUGGGCGGCUCCCAGUCAAGCGUUAAAAACAAUACAGCAUUAAAUAUUAAAAACUUCCCUAAACAGGGCUGCCUUCAGAUGUCUUUUAAAGAUAAGAUAGCUGCUUAUUUCCUUCACAUCUGAAGGGUGGGCAUUCCACAGGGUGGGCGCCACUACCGAGAAGGCCCUCUGCCUGGUUCCCUGUAACCUCACUUCUUGCAGGGAGGGAGCCGCCAGAAGGCCCUCGGAGCUGGACCUCAGUGUCCAGGCUGAACAAUGGAGGUAUACUGGACCGAGGCCGUUUAGGGCUUUAAAGGUCAGCACCAACACUUUGAAUUGUGCUCGGAAACGUACUGGGAUCCAAUGCAGUACUUAGAAGUUGGGAGGAGCUUCCAAAAAGGCAAAAAUGUCUGUUGUUAUCAUUAAUUAAUUCUUCAAAGAUGAUCAGAGCAUCAUGCACAGUACUAACCUUACCUGUCAUCAAAGAAUUCACACAGGGGCGAAACAAUAUAUUUGUCCCAGGAGGCAAGAUGUUGGGGACAAGGCAGGAUCCAGGAGAGUCUAAAAAUCCACUUGGAUAUAUUUAUAUUACAGUGGUACCUUUGUUUACUAACUUAAUCCGUUCCCGAAGUCCGUUCUUAAACCAAAGUGUUCUUAAAUCAAGGCGUGCUUUCCCAUAGCAAUGGGGGACUCAAUUUACAAAUGGAACACACUCAACAGGAAGCGGAACAUGUUUUGCUUCCAAGGCAAAGUUCACAAACCAAAACACCUAAUUCCGGGUUUAAAGGUAAAGUUAUAGGGACCCCUGACCAUUAGGUCCAGUCGCGGACGACUCUGGGGUUGCGGCACUUUAUUGGCCGAGGGAGCUGGCGUACAGCUUCCGGGUCAUGUGGCCAGCAUGACUAAGCCGCUUCUGGUGAACCAGAGCAGCGUGCGGAAACGCCGUUUACCUUCCCGCCGGAGCGGUACCUAUUUAUUUGCUUGCACUUUGAUGUGCUUUCAAACUGCUAGGUUGGCAGGAGCAGGGACCGAGCCACGGGAGCUCACCCCGUUGCGGGGAUUCGAACCGCCGACCUUCUGAUCGGCAAGUCCUAGGCUCUGUGGUUUAACUCACAGCGCCACCCGCGUCCCUUACUUCCGGGUUUGCAGCAUUCUUAAUCCAAGUUGUUCAUAAACUAAUCUGUUCUUAAACCAAGGUACCACUGUAAAUACAUUAGCAGAAGACCAGUGGGGGCUUUUUAGUUUUUGAAAGAUGAAAGCAUCAAAGAGAAAUCAGCAGCAAGGAGAAAUAAAAGGAACAGUAUAUGCAGGUAAGGUAAAGUUCAGUGACUUGCUUUCUGUGCUGCCUUUCCUUGUGAUGGAGUUGGGAGGGGAAAAGCAUGACUUGCUCUCUGUGUUGAGUCCAAUUCUGUGGAUCUAUGCCUCUCCCCAGACUCAGAACAAGAGAGCAAGAUUUGUGUGAAUGCUGUGAGUCCUCUCCGUCUUAUAUUCAGCCUGCAUAUAUGUGUAAAUAAAACAUAUCCGAAAGACACUGUCGUCUCCAGUUACCUUGAUUCUGAAGGACCCAAACCGCUGUGGACUCAUGACAAUCUCCGGAGAAAUCUGACGAGACAUUGAACAAGCUUACUGCCUAAUGCCUGUAACUGAUCUCAGUAUUUACACGUGAUUUGUUAAAUAGUUUUCCUCUGUGCAAAUGAUCUACACCAGAGGUUUUCAACCUUUUUGGGUCCACGGCUCUCUUGACCAACUACAGUCAUACCUCAGGUUACAGACGCUUCGGGUUGCGCAAUUUCGGGUUGCGCACCGCACUGAACCCCGAAGUACCGGAACAGGUUACUUCCAGAUUUUGGCGCAUGCGCAGAAGCGCUAAAUUGCACUUUGCGCAUGCGCAGAAGCGCCGAAUUGCGACCCGCACGUGCGCAGACACGGCGCUGCGGGUUGCGAACGUGCUUUCGGAAGCAGAGAUAACGAAGUCCUCUAGCUGAGGGUUUCCACACCUUUUACCAAGCUGCUAGAAUAGCAGGAUCAGUGUUUUUUUCCCCUUUUAGGGAAUUGCCUCAGAUGCUCACAAGGAGGUGGGCGACCUUUGGGACCCUCCAGCGGUUGCUGAACUACAACUCCCAUCGCCUUGGCCACUGGCCAUGCUUGCUGAGGCUGAUGGGAGUCGUAGUUCUAGGAAGUGGCCGUGCAAUAUUUUUAUUGAUAUAUAAAUCUAACCAGGCCUUUCAGAAGCAGGCAAAAUGUUUUCAUGUAUCAAAUAACCUGAUAAAAUACUGGCCUUGGCCCAGUAUACCUGAAGGAGCAUCUCCACACCCAUCGCUCAGCCCAGACACUGAGGGUCUGAGCGUCUUCUGGCGGCUCCUUCACUGUGAGAAGCGAAGUUACAUGGAGCCAAGCAGAGGGCCUUCUCGGUGGUGGCACCCACACUGUGGAACUCCCUCCCACCAGAUGUCAAGGAGAUAAAAAACUACACAACUUUUAGAAGACAUCUGAAGGCAGCCCUGUAUUGGGAAGCUUCUUAAUGUUUGACAUUUUAUUGUUUUUAUAUACGCUGGUUUAUACACCCUGGUUUUGACUGCCACUGAAAGGCGAGCUUGCCCCCUUCUCAGUCCCCUUAGGCUUCAGCCACAGCCAUUACAAGGCCAGUUGCCUCGCUACGGAAAGGACCUUAGGCCAGUUGCCAAGCAUCUCCCUUUGAACGAAGAGGGUGUCGGGUUCAAGUCCAGUCAGCACUGGGCAAGAUCCAUCCUUUCCAAAAUCGCAGAGGAGUCGUCGGAUUCUCAAAGGGGGCAGCUUGGAAAUAUUUCCUGCCCCUCUUCUCUCCCCCACCACUACUCCUUGCCCCUUUAACACUUUUUCUACCUUUAACUCUUGCAUUGCAGGAGGCUGGACUAGAUGACUCUUGGGGUCCCUUCCAUCUCUACAUUUCUUUGAUUCUAUUAAAUUCCUUGCUCCCUCUGUCCCCUCACCAAGAAAAGAGACAAGCAGCACUCUUGCUCAGGGGCGCAUUAAUAAUAAUAAUAAUAAUAAUAAAAAAAUUUAUUUAUAUCCCGCCCUCCCCGGCCAGAGCCGGGCUCAGGGCAGCUAACACCUGUAAAAUUACAGUAAAAACGUAAUAGGAAAGUCAAAAUACAGGUUAAAAUGCAAUUUAAAAUGCAGCCUCAUUUUAAAAGUAGCCGAUAGAUCAAGACCAUAAGAGGAGGGAAACAUGAGGGUCAGACUGAGCCCACACCAAAGGCCAGGUGGAAUAGCUCUGUCUUGCAGGCCCUGUGGAAAGAUGUCAAGUCCUGCAGGGCCCUAGUCUCUUGUGACAGAGCGUUCCACCAAGUCGGGGCCAGUGCUGAAAAGGCCCUGGCCCUAGUUGAGACCAAUCUAACCACCUUGCGACUUGGGACCUCCAAAAAGUUGUCAUUUGUGGACCUUACCAGGAGAGGCGGUCCCAUAGGUACGUGGGCCCUAGGCCGCAUAGGGCAUUGGCACGUGGGGCAGGAGAAUCACCCUGUGCAGUGAUGGGAAAGGGCUGCUCUAACCACUAGACUUCCUCCCCCCCUUCAAAGUUAUUUUCAACUGAUUCCUCCCCCCUGGCCACGUUUGCUUGGGAACCCGAAGUGGAGGCGAGUCUCCCCGCCCCCAAGAAAAGAUGCCCAGAUUCCCAUCUGUGUGCGCGCAGGGCGCACGUUUCCUCUUUGGCACAGAGCGGCAGUGCUCGUGCUCAGGCUUUGCAAGGGUUAAAAAAAGAACCGGAUUCCUAGAGAAGAAGGAAAUUUGGGGUGGGAGGAAGGGAGGGGGGCUUCCUCUAGAGCAGAAGCAGCUCCCCGCUUUGCAGAGGAAGGAGCCUCUGCAUUGCCCCACCGCGCGCUGCAUCUGCCGCUCCUCCUGCAACCCGGUGAGUUUCUGCAGCAUCUUUUUGGUGGAAAGAUGGAGGCGUCGCAUGGGAGACGCAGAUCAGGAGAACCAUCACAGGAAACAAAUAGGGAGAGGGGUUGUUCGUGUCUCCGUUCCCCUUUUUCUAUUAUUUAUUGUCCAACCCCCUGUCCAAUAUUUUGCCCAUGCGAGACUCGAACCCACGACCCUGAGAUUAAGAGUUUAUUGCUCUACCGGCUGAGUUAUUUGGGGAGGCUGGGGCUUAAAGUGGGUCUGCGAGGUGGAGUUGAUCAGUGGGAGCAGAUUGUCAUAGAGUUGGAAGGGACCCUGAGGAUCAUCUGUUCCAGCCCCCUUUAACGCAGAAAUAUGCAACUGACCCAUAUUUUAUUUUGCUGGAAGCUGCCCAGACUGACUGGGGAAACCCAGCCAGAUGGGCCAGGGUGUAAGCAAAAAAAUUAUUAUUAUGAUUAAGGAGCAAACAUGCACUGAGGGCUUCUCCUGGCCUGCAGGCUACAUAUCUCUUGUUAUAAUUGUUUAUGCACAUGUUUGUGCACUUGUUCGCUUCUCUCUUCCCCCUCUGUAUAGGCAAAAGAGGUCCCCGAUCUAAGAUACCACCACAAAAUUGCAGCGUUAGAAGGGACCCUGAGGAUGAUUCAUCUGGUCCAACCCCUUGCAAUGCAGGAAUCUUUUUGUGCAACCUGGGGGCUGGAACCCUGAUAUUUAGAGUCUCUUGCUCUGCCAGGUCUGCGGGGCAGAGUUGCUCAAUGAGAGCAGAUUGUCAUACAAUCACAGAAUUGUAGAAAUUGUUGAAAGGGACCCUGAGGAGCAUCUAGUCCAACCCGGUUUAAUGCAGGAAUAUGCAGUUCUCCCAUAUGGGGAUCGAACCCGCAUCCUUGGUGAUAACACACUCUCACCAACUUUGCUAUCCACGCUGAUGGUUCUCAAUUCCCUGUUUGCCAGGUGGGCUUCCUGGCUCUGGAGCACAUGUGCUCAUUCGGAUGUGAGGGGAUCUUCGAAAACACUGCUCUGUUAAAAAACCGGCAGCCUUUUCGUCCAAGGAGUCGAUUACGCAAGAACCCAAGUGAAAAAGAUGGAGAGGUAGAAGGUUUUGGAUUAUCACAAAAGAUGCAGGAGGGAAUGAUUAACAAAUAGGACCCACAAAGGGGAGGAGGGAAGUCCAAGAGAUUCCUUGGAACCUUGUUUUUAUGUUGUGUGUUCAAUAUGUGACUGUAAAAUUUUAAUCUGAAAAAUCAAAUAAUUUUUUUUAAAAUAAAUAAAAUGAAAGUGAAUAAUGAACAAGAGUGAGGACCGGGCUGAGUUAGAAAGGAGCAGUGGGGUUGCCACUACCACAUUUGCAGCCUUGUUCCUCAUGCUAGGGACGCGGGUGGCGCUGUGGGUUAAACCACAGAGCCUAGGACUUGCCGAUCAGAAGGUCGGCGGUUCAAAUCCCCGCGACAGGGUGAGCUCCCGGUGCUCGGUCCCUGCUCCUGCCCACCUAGCAGUUCGAAAGUACGUCAAAGUGCAAGUGCAAGUAGAUAAAUAGGUACCGCUCCAGUGGGAAGGUAAACGGCAUUUCCGUGCGCUGCUCUGGUUCGCCAGAAGCAGCUUAGUCAUGCUGGCCACAUGACCCGGAAGCUGUACACCAGCUCCCUUGGCCAAUAAAGCGAGAUGAGCGCCGCAACCCCAGAGUCAGUCACGACUGGACCUAAUGGUCAGGGGUCCCUUUACCCUUUACUCCUCAUGCUAGAAGGGGCAGAGAGGCAAGUGUGCUUUGGGCUAUGUCAGCCUUGAGCUGGUAGAAAAUGAUUGGGCCGUCAUCCUGCCCACUGCCAUCGAGAGUCAGAAGUGGGGCACAGUUGGAGAUCCCAGCAGAUUGAUAGCUUACAAAAGUUAAAGCCGAGCUUUAAAAAAGCAUACACUCAUGGCCAAAAUUGUGGAAACCUUUUGGAAAAAGUGUAUUUCAUAGGUUUGAUGGCUCAUUACAGCCGAUUGGCUCUCUAAACACUCGUGCUCAUUGGCUACAUUCAAAUGAAGGAAAGCUACUGCAUAGCAACCUAAGCAAGUUGUGCUUCCUUUUUCUGGUCAUUUGGCUAUAACUUUUGAUAGAAUACAGAUAACUGAGAAAACUUUGUUGCAUCACUUUCUUCAUUAAAUUAUUUUUCCAUUGCUAUAUACCUAAUUUUAUGGUCUUAUGAGCCAUCAGACCUCAGAAAUACACUUUUUCCAAAUGGUUUCCACAAUUUUGGCCACUAGCGUAGAUGAAAACAGUCCUUGUUAGUGAUCGCUGAAUAUAGCAAUGGGAGGAAUCUAGGCAGGGAUGUGGUAUGUUUCUCUCUGGUUGAUGAGUCUGUGUAUGGACGCAGAAAGGAAGAGGAUGUACUUGAUAGAUAAUAGAAUCUUAGAGUUGGAAGGGACCCCAAAGGUCCUCUAGUCCAACCCCCUGCAAUUCAGGAAACUCAGCUAAAGCAACCAUGACAGAUGACCGUCCAGCCUCUGCUUAAAAACCACCAUGAAAGGAGAGUCCAUAACCUAAGGUAGACUAAGAUGCAGUCUUGGUACACGAUCUUAGAUUUUGGGCAGGGAUCCCACAAAUGGGCAGCGUGAGAAGAACAUGAAUAGCUGUGCGAGCAAUAGAACCUCCAUAUGCAGAAGCAGUAUACCGGAUCUCAAAUGAGGGGAAGCAAUGUUGUGUAUUACAUAAUUCACAAUACAGUCAUACCUCGGGAUAAAUACGCUUCAGGUUGAGCACGUUCGGGUUGCGCUCCGUGGCGACCCGGAAGUAACAGAGCACGUUACUUCCGGGUUUUGCCGCUUGCGCAUGCGCAGACGGUCAAAAUGAUGUCAUGCGCAGAAGUGGCGAAACGCUCAGACACGCUGUCACAUCUUACUUUAUGUUCAGGAUGCGAACGGGGCUCCGGAACGGAUCCCGUUCACAUCCCGAGGUACCACUGUACAGUCAUACCUCGGGUUACAGAUAUUUCAGGUUACAUUUUUUCAGGUUACGGACACGCUGAAACCCGGAAAUACUGGAACAGGUUACUUCCGGGUUUUGGGGGAUGCGCAUGCGCAGAAGCACUAAAUUGCAACCCGCGCGUGCACAGACACGCCUCUGCGGGUUGCGAACGCUGCGGGUUGUGAACGUGCAUCCUGCACGGAUAAUAAUAAUAAUAAUAAUAUUUUUUUAUUUAUACUCCGCCCUUCCCGGUUCAGAAAACUGGGCUCAGAGCAGCUAACAACAAAUUUAAAACACUUAAUUGAUGCUACAAAAAAGAAGCAUAAAGUACAGUAUAAAAUGGGAAUAACAAUAAAUUCAGAAUUCAAAAAUCAAUUUAGGGGGAAAAUCCAUCCAAUAAACAUUAGAUGAUCACCAAAGGCUAGCUGGCUAAAUUAGUCCUGUUUGGACCAGCGAGGAGACCAGGGGAGAAUUAGUUGUGGGAUCCCAGAGCGGGUAAUCUUCAUAAAAAGGGGAAGGGGAGGGAAGGAAGGGGAACAAAAGAUCAGGCCAGGUUCAAACUGAAAACCAGGCGGAAUAGUUCUGCAUUACAGGCCCUGCGGAAGGAAGUUAAAUCCUGCAGGGCCCUGGUCUCAUGGGACAGAGCAUUCCACCAGGUCGGAGCCAUCACUGAGAAGGCCCUGGCCCUGGCGGAGGAUGACGUUUGCAACCCCAAGCAUCCACCGUAUGAGCAAUCAAAAUGAAAAAUACGUUUUCAUCAGAGAAUGUUUUUCUGCAGAUAAGAGAUGGAAGAACAAGACUCUGCCGCCCUCGAAGCAGGAAGACAGCCUGAUAGCAUCAUGACUGGGAGCACUGGGGAAAUUUGGGUUGGAAGCAGACACAAGACAUUGAGGCAGAACAUCCAUGGCUCAGAUGUGCACUGCCAACAGUUUAGGCAUUCCCGCUACCAAGAGGCCAAGGGACCCCGAGAGGUUUGCAGCCGACUCCACCAUCUCUGCUGUCAGUGGCUGAAGCCGGGGAGACACACCAAGACUCAGAUCCUGGAUUUAGUGAUCUUGGAGCAGUUCCUGGCUGUCCUCCCCCCGGAGAUGGAGAACUGGGUGAGGGAAUGCGGAGCGGAGACCAGCUCCCAGGCGGUGGCCCUGGCCGAAGGUUUCCUCCUGAGCCGGGCAGAGGACAGGAAGCGGCAGGAGCAGCAGGUGAGGAUGUUUAAUCUACAUUAAACCUAACAAACAGGAGCCCCCAGGAGUUGUUGGACUAAAUCCAUCAUCUCUGAGCAUUGGCUGAUGGCAGCUGGCGUUCAACAUCUGGGAGGCACUGCUUUGACUGGCCCUGGUUUUUUGCUUUUGUGUUUUUUUAAUUCAUUUUAUAACACAAAUAAACAAUACAAACAGAAAUACAAACAAUACAAACAAAUUCUUGUCUUCUCCUUUUUUUUCUAAACAUUGUUAGGUGAGCUUCCCGAAGUCCCCCCUAUCUGGUUUUCAUUUUACCUCAUCUUUAGCAGUUUCAUAUAUCAUAAUUUUUAACCAUUUUUUAUCACACUUACUUUUACCAUAAAAAUCUUCACAUUUUAUCACUUACAAAUAAUAUUUUAAAAUACACCAUCUUCUACUUCUAACCCUACAGCCUGUAUCCACUUCCAAAGCUAGUCUAAGAUUUAAAUAUUAACAUAGUUUUUCAAAUAUUCUUUAAACGUCUUCCAAUCAUCUUCCACCGUCUCUUCUCUCUGGUCUCGGAGUCUCCCUGUCAGUACGGCAAGUUCCAUAUAGUCCAUCAUCUUUGUCUGCCAUUCUUCUAUAGUUGGUAUAUCUUGUUUCUUCCAAUUCUUCGCUAGUAGACUGGCCCUGAUUUUGAUUUGAUUUGAUUUGAUUUAUUACAUUUCCAGUUCACUUUUCAUUCAAAUGAGUCUCAAAGCGGCUUGCAAACAAUAAAUAACAGUAACAUAGCAAAACAUAACGGAACAACAUUACGUAAAAUAACUAGCAGAUCAUCAGUAAAACAAUUGCAAUCUACAUAAUGCUAGUAACAAAUCAGCCACGAAAACGGUAAGCUGAUAGCUGAACAUCACAAUUUUAGCAAAUGACAUACUGUAUGAUUGACAGGUUAAUACAGCAUUUAGAAUCAAGAAAACAAAAAUGGAAAACGAGCGAGGUCCCAACCAAAGGAGAAUGGCAACUUAAGCUGAUGGAAUAUGCGCAGCUUGUAGAUCUAACAUACAGAAUAAGAGAACAAGAAGAACAUAUGUUUAGAGAAGACUGGAAAAUGUUUAUUGAAUGUAUGGGGGGAAAUCGUGUACGCUUGAAAAUGUGAGCGGCAUUAAGAUAAAUUCAACAGUGUAAAUAAGCUUUGAUGGGAGUAAUAAUGGAAUACUGAAUGUUUAGUUUAUGUAAAAUAUGCAGGGAUUUAUGUUUUGUAAAAUGAACCAUGGAAAGAGAAGAAGGGAAGUCACAGAUAUUUUAAGGUUGUUUAAAUGAAUAUUUUAAAAUGUGAAGCAGAAAUAAAACAAUAUUAACUUUACUAAAAGGCUAAGCAUUGUUACAUGGUCCCAAGCAGGUCAGAGUGUGGGUGCAAAAUUCUGUACUCCCUGUCCAAAUGUAUUUAGAAAUCAUCAAGUUUUUCAGCUGUGUCAUUUCUCCCCAUUUAAUGUCUUCUAUCCUUAUCGCUGUUGUUUCAGGUAAAGGGUCUGUUUGCUGAAAUGGGAGGUGAUUCCCCUGCGACAGAGACGACUCCAUCAGACCCCAGACAGAAGCCAUUGGGUGAGGAUCAGUGUGAUGUAUCUCAAUUUGGUCUCUCUCCAUGUUGUGAAUUGAACUUCAAUGGAAGUAGUUGCUAUUUGGAGGUAAUGAACUGGAACCAACUUCUCAAAUGUACUGAGGAAAUUCCACUGACAUUCUGAUGGUCGUAAUCAGUGCUAUAUUUCUAAAAAAAUAGGCAUCAGAAUUCACCGUGAACACCUCCCUUAAUAAUAAUAAUACAGUGGUACCUUUGGUUACGUACUUAAUUCGUUCUGGAGGUCCGUUCUUAACCUGAAACCGUUCUUAACCUGAGGUACCACUUUAGCUAAUGGGGCCUCCCAUUGCUGCCACGCGAUUUCUGUUCUCAUCCUGAAGCAAAGUUCUUAACCCGAGGUACUAUUUCUGGGUUAGCAGAGUCUGUAACCUGAAGCAUAUGUAACCUGAAGCGUAUGUAACCCGAGAUACCACUGUAGUGAUAAUAAUAAUAAUAAUAAUAAUAAUAAUAAUAAUAAUAAUUUACUCCCCAGCCAUUCUGGGCAGCUCCCAGCAGAAUAUUAAACACGAUAAAAGAUCAAACAUUAAAAACUUCCAUAAACAGGGCUGCCUUCAGAUGUCUUCUAAAAGUCAGAUAGUUGUUUAUUUCCUUGACAUCUGAUGGGAGGGUGCCACUACCGAGAAGGCCCUCUGCCUGGUUCCCUGUAGCCUCACUGAGAGGUGUCAGAACUGAGUUCUGUUGAGUUCCAACUGAAAAAAAAGCCUUGGUCUUAAUACUGAGGCUUGGCCUAAUUUCUGUCCCACUAGAGUGAAUCCGAUGUUUCAAGAGGGAAUUCCUUUCUAUUUUAAGUGAUGGGGUUUUCAUUCAGUCACACAAAUGUCUUAUUCAUAUUGGUGCCAGUUAUUAAAAAAAAUACAUUUUUCCUGGAGGUAUUUUAUCACCCUUACUGCUGCUCUAAGAAAAACCAUUUGCAGACCUUAGCUCUCCAGGGGACACUCUUUUUUGGAUAGCAGGAUUAAUAACAUUUCAACCUGCCCAAUUUGUGAAUCUGGUGGAGUUGAGAAGGUCUUUAAAGUUGCCUCAUCUAUGAACUUUCUAGGCAAAAAUUCCUUUCUUGUUUCCCUCUCGGACCGGAUAUGUACCUUGUACAUAUCACCAGCAUUCAUUACCAUUCAUUACCAUCCAAGUACCAACAUUUCCUCCAGCAGUUAAGAAAAUACAAGCCAGGUCUCCGAAAACCUAGGAGAGGUGGGGAUGGGGUGUGCUUUGUUUUGCUGUAUUUUAGAAGUUCUUUCUAUUUUGGGGUGAGCAACAUUCUUGCUGCUGUAGUCGCAUACAUGAAUAAAUUUCUGUAUAUUUUAGGUAGUUCUGUCCCUAUAACUCCCAAAAGAAAAGCUUCUGGUUUGUUUGUUUUUACAAAGGUUAUUUUAAACAUCCUUUUCAAUUCAUUAAAUAUCAUUUCCCAGUAAGCUUUCACCUUACUACAAGACCACCACAUAUGAAGCUAGGAUUUUUUCUAAGUUAGGCAUACAUCAUUUCAUUUCAGAGGCGAGGAUGUGCUAAUGGCUCUCUGACACAUUUGUUUCCCUCCUUCAGGCCAGGGAAUGAAGCGGCCAAGACAUCCUCAUUCAUUUCCUCUUUGUGGCGGAGCAGAAGGAGCCGCUGUGGAAUCGGAUCAGGUGGGACAUGGGUGGGGAAACUGGUUCAGACUGAGAGCCACAAUCUUAUCUGAGCAAUCUUCCAGGGGCCACAUACCAGCGGUGGGUGAGAGCAAAAAUCAAAGUGAAUGAAAUUAGUUUCUACACACCCCUCCAAGUUCAAGGUCAUAUUCCAGCAAGGGAUGAACACUCAAGGUUGGUAUGAAUUAGGGUUGGGGAUGUCAGGAGCUCGUCCUACACUCGAGUAGGACCCUGGUAGAGACACAUGCCCGACUGGCAUGUUCUAUCCCUCCUGGUCAUUCGUUUGGGAGCUUCAAAAGCUUUCUCCAGCCCGAAAAUCACAGCGACCGAUGCCAACCGACACCAGCACACUUAGGGAUCCGCAGAGUGUUUGCAAUUUGCAUAACAGACCUCAGCAACUCAGCAUUUUGGCUAAUCUACUUUAUUUGCAUAUAAAACACACACAGAGCACUGCAACAUGGCUCCCUCUCUCUCUAGCAUCAGGCAGCAAAGAGAAGAACAAACGACAAUAGUCCCACUUCACGUAACACAGUAACACAUACAUCCUGUCUCUGUCACUUCCCACUCUAUGGAGUCAAAACAUACACUGUCAUGUGAUAGACAACAAUCCCAUGACUGCAAUCAUGGAGCAGGAAUUCUAACAGGGGAGAGGUGUUGCCGGGGAGGGGCAGUGUCACAGGAACGUGCCGGUCAGUAAUCACACUAAUAAUAAUAAUAAUAAUAAUAAUAAUUUAUUACUUAUACCCAGCCCAUCUGACUCUUAUACCCAGCCCACCCAGCCUCCCAAGCCACUCUAGGCGGCUCCCAACAUAAUAUUAAAAACACGAUAAAACAUCAAACAUUAAAAACUUCCCUAAACAGGGCUGCCUUCAGAUGUCUUCUAAAAGUCAGAUAGUUGUUUAUUUCCUUGGCAUCUGAUGGGAAGGCGUUCCACAAGGUGGGCGCCACUACCAAAAAGGCCCUCUGCCUCGUUCCCUGCAACCUCACUUCUCGCAGUGAGGAGCCACCACUUUAAAUAUGGAGUCAACUUUUUAUUCGCAAAACCACACACUUCUCAAACUGGGCUGUCAAGCCCAAUGAGCAGAGUCGCUCAUUCCCGUUGGCCUUCUUCCAUGAAAAUCAGUUGCUGAGACUGAAAGUCCCCACCUCUCCUCUCUAAGUCCCCUCCUUUCCAGGGCUUCCCCCAAGAAAUAGGAGACUGCGCCCGCCUGCCACCAACCUCUCCUCCACCUUUUUCAUGCCUCUUCUGAUUCUGGGAGACAAGGCAGAAGGGGAGCUUGUCUCGGCAAGAGCGGGAGAUGCCUGUGCCUCUUCACCAGUCUCUCAUCUUUGACUCUUGGCCUCACCUCCCACCCUCCUGCUCUAGCUUCUGCCUCUGAUUCUGGGCUUCUCUCUGCCACAGACUCUCCCCACUCACUAAGCCCUGUUACCUCCUCAGCUUCUGACACCUCCUCUUCCCAGUCUUCUCCCUCUGUCAACUCAUCGUUGUCCCACCACCUUUCCCCAGACUCUGAGUCUUCUCCCCUUGAGGGUUUCCCAGCCAGUUCCUCCAACCAGUCUAUGACAGACAAUUCCUGAGCACCAGAUAUUGAGGCCUGGGUGGGGGCACUCCUGGCCCCCAAACCUGAGGGUGCCAACCCUUUAAGUAGGCAGACAGAUCGCUUGGGAGACAACUGGGAGCAGCCAAAUGCUCCAAUCCCCAGCUCACCUCCCUCGGCUGAAACAAUUCUCUCUCCUCUAGAAGGCCACUAAAUUCUGGGAAUAAUGAUCAUGGUCACCUUAAACUAACCUAGUAACUCAUCUGUAUAUUAUAUGCAAGGAGACCUUUCCUUUUUCUUUUUAGGGUCCAGUGUCCUUUGAGGAUGUGGCUGUACAUUUCACAGAAGAAGAGUGGGCUGUGUUGGAUCCUGACCAGAGAGCUCUGCACAAGGAAGUCAUGGAGGAAAAUAGAGGCAUCGUGGCCUUUCUGGGUAAGGCUCCCUGUUGGAUCAUAAUGCCCAUUUUGAAAUUCAGUACUUUUUUGUGCGCAGCGAACCCCAAUAUUCUGAUGUAGCUCAAUAGUGUUGGAGUGUCGGUUGACGCUCGACUGGGUGGCGAAGACCUUCCCACACACGGGGCACGGGCUCAGCCGCUUCCUUUUGUACAGCUUUGCCGGGUUUUUGAUGAAGCAAAGGCGUCAGGCUUUGGGGAAUCAGCUUUUCCCCCCGUGGCAGUAAAUAAGAAGAUCAAAUGAAAGGAACGUCUUACCAGUUAGAUUCUUUAAUAAUCCCAGCGAGAGAACAAAGAACACAUCUCCUAGAAAUGGUGGUGCUCCCAAUUAAGGCUUACCCCCCUCCAUCACUAUUAAUCUACGUUGCUCCCACAUCUUGUAAUCUGAGCUUGAACCCUCUGCACUUUCUGCUCUGAGACUUUCUGAGCUCUUCUCGACCUUGGGGAGGGCGGUGGAGGAAUGCUGUCCAACGACUGACUCUGUUAACUCUCUCUCUCCCCCAGUGUUUCUCCUCCUAGCUGUUCCCCAUGCAGUAUUUCCCAGCUUUGGCCUUCCGAACUAUGCCCCUCAGCAAACCACUGUUCCAAAUCUACACUGUCCUCCUGUUCCUGGGAAGAUUCAGGGACAGGGAAAGGCUCCCACCAUUCCUCCUCAGUGCAGCCCCUCCUCAGCCUGGUCCCUGACAAAAGGUGGCAGCCUGGAACGAUCACUGACUCGAUCAUCCCCACAGACAUGUCCUUUCCCAGAUUGAUCUCUGGGUCAUUCUGGUGGUCAGAGACGUUCUCCUCCUUCUCCAGGCCUUGAAGCCCUCUUCAGUUUACUUUGAACUGACAGUUAUCUAAUGUAUUCUCUCUGAAUAUAAUCCCAAUCAUAAUCAUAUUAAUAAAUUUUAUUUAUACCCUGCCCUCCCCAGCCAGAGUUGGGCUCAGGGUGGCUAACACCAAUAAAAUUUCAGUAAAAACAUAGUAAGAAAAAAAGAAAAAGAAAAAAACAAUUUAAAAUACAGGUUAAAAUGCAAUUUAAAAUGCAGCCUCAUUUUAAAAGUCAAAACCAUAAGAGGAGGGCAACAUAAGGGUCAGACUGAGUCCAAACCAAAGUCCAGGCGGAACAGCUCUGUCUUGCAGGCCCUGCAGAAAGAUGUCAAGUCCCGCAGGGCCCUGGUUUAUUGUGACAGAGCGUUCCACCAUGUCGGGGCCAGUGCUGAAAAGGCCCUGGCCCUAGUUGAGACCAACCUAACCACCUUGCGACUUGGAACCUCCAAAAAGUUGUCAUUUGUGGACCUGAAGGUCCUCCGCGGGGCAUACCAGGAGAGGUGGUCCUGUAGGUACGAGGGUCCUAGGCCGCAUAGGGCUUUAAAGGUCAAAACCAGCACCUUAAACCUGACCCUGUACUCCACCGGGAGACAGUGGGUCCUUUUGUUGUGCCCUUCUAAACAAUGACCUGACUGCUUUGAACUGAGCAGACCUUUUAAAAUGUAAGUUUCAGAGUUGUUCGGGAGACAGAACUAGCAUCCCGCCUAUUUUCUGUUGGGGCAGCGCGCUGACUGUCAUAAGAGACUGAGCAGAUUUGGUUUGACUGAAAUAAUAAUGCCCUUCUUAUGGGGAAAAAGUUUGGCCAGUAACUAAAAAGGGCCCCCCAUUCCUGAUCUUUCUCAAUAUAUCUAAUAUUCUUAACAUUUCAUCUAUUCCAGCACUUGAAGUCUCCAUCUUCCAAUUUCGGAGUAUUUAUUUAUUUUUCUUGAAUAAAAACUUUUAUAUCCUAACACUGCAUUUAAUAAAAAUCGAAAGGGGGGAAUUAUUGCUUGUAUAGGCCUUGCAAACCUGUAAGAUAGGGGAAGUUGAUUAGACCGAGAGCGUGUGAUUGGCUGAAGACCAUCCAAUGAGAUUCACCUCUAGGAGCUGAACAUACAUCUCUAUGGUCCAAAUCCAUAGCACUCCAGCUGUCAGUUAACACCAGUCAACAGAAGCAGUUAAAAUCUGCCUUUCAUCCAAGUCCUUCCAGCUUUCCCGUUAUCACAAGCAUUGAUAUCCACAGGUUCUCAGCUAUUUCUCUCUUCAUUGCAGGUGACAAAUCGGAAACCAAUAAUAAAGGAAAACGAGCUGGAAACGAGUCACUGGAAAGAUGCACAAAGAAGGAAAAGCAGAGAAGGAAAACUGAAGCAGAGAAGAUGGGAAGGAAUACACCCCCAGCCUCUCAGGGUCGUAACUACAAUGAAAUUGCAGUCAAAGGAAAAACAGAUAUAAGAAACAAAAAGAAGUGUAGGGAUUAUUGGGAAAGUUUCAGUUCUAAAGGAAAACGUAAAGCACAUUGCCAAAACUGCAAAGGGGAGAAACCAUAUAAAUGCUUUGAGUGUGGAAAGAGCUUCAUGAGAAACUCCGCACUCAUUUUCCAUCGUGGAAUUCAUAGUGGAGAGAAACCAUAUAAAUGCUUGGAAUGUGGAAAGAGCAUUAGUUGCAAGCAGGUACUUAGUUAUCAUCAAAGAAUUCACACAGGGGAGAAACCGUAUCAGUGUAUGAAAUGUGGAAAAAGCUUCACUCGGAAGAUAUAUCUUACUAAUCACCAAAUGGUUCACACAGGGGAGAAGUCUUAUAAGUGCCUGGAAUGUGGAAAAGGCUUUGCUCAGAGCACCAAGCUCACUUCCCAUCAGAGAAUUCACAUUGGGGAGAAACCAUAUAAAUGCCUGGAGUGUGGAAAGGGCUUCAGCUGCAAAAAGAGCGUCACUUAUCAUCAAAGAAUUCACACAGGAGAGAAACCAUAUAAAUGCUUAGAAUGUGAAAAGAGCUUCAUGCAUAAGGCAAGCCUCACUUUUCAUCAGAGAACUCACACAGGGGAGAAACCAUAUAAAUGCUUGAAUUGUGGGAAAAGCUUCACCCAUAAGACAAGUCUCACUUUGCAUCAGAGAACUCACACAGGGGAGAAACCCUAUACGUGCUUGGAAUGUGGAAAGAGCUUCCCUCGCAGUGGUGAGCUUUCUUCCCAUCAGAGAAUUCAUACAGGGGAGAAACCGUUUGAAUGCUUGGAAUGUGGAAAGAGCUUCCGUCACAGUUCUAGCCUUUCUUCCCAUCAGAGAAUUCAUACAGGGGAAAAGCCACAUAAAUGUUUGGAGUGUGGAAAGAGCUUCACUCGGAAGAUACAUCUUACUAAUCAUCAGAGAAUCCACACUGGGGAGAAACCAUAUAAAUGCUUGGAAUGUGAAAGUAGCUUUAUUUCCAAACACAGACUCGCUUCCCAUGGAAGAAUUCACACACAGGACUUACCGUAUAAGUGCAUGGAAUGUGGGAAGAGCUUCAUCUUGAAGCAAAGUCUCACCUCCCAUCUACGAAUUCACAGUGGGGAGAAGCCGUACAAAUGCUUCCAAUGCGGAAAGAGCUUCGGUGGGAAGGCCCACCUUAGUUCUCAUGAAAGAAUUCACACAGGGGAGAAACCAUAUAAAUGUUCAGAGUGUGGAAAGGGCUUCAAAGAUGGUUCUAGCCUUCUCUUCCAUCAAACAAUUCACACCGGGGAGAAACCGUACGAAUGCUUGGUGUGUGGAAAGGGGUUCAGAGACAAAUCUCACCUUACGAAACAUAAAAGAAUUCACACAGGGGAGAAGCCAUAUAAAUGCUUAGAAUGUGGAAGGAACUUCAGCUGCAAGAAAAGUAUCCUUAAUCACCAAAGAAUUCACAUAGGUAAGAAACUAUAAAAAAAAAUGUUUGGAAAGAGCUCCAGGAGACGUACACGUUUUUGUUGUCAUCAAUGGAUUCACAAAGGGCGGAACCAUAUUAAUGUUUGACUAUAGAAUGGGGUUCAGGAAGAAGAUACAACUCACUUCUCCAAAAGAUUCACACAAAGGAUCAUUUAUGUAAAUACUUAAGAAGGUGUGGCCUUUACGUUGCCACAGAAGAGUCAUCUCACUGAACAUCAAAGAAUUCACAAUGGAGAGAGACCGUAUACAUAAAUGCUUGGAUUAUGAAAAGGACCUCAUCUGCAAAAAAGUUUCAUUUCCCAUCAGAGAAUUCAUACAAGGGGAAAAGAGAAGUUUGCUGUGUGUGUUGUUGGGGACUGGUUGGAAGCAGAGGAAUGGUGGAGGAACUGGCUGGGGAACCAUCAAGGGAAGAAGGCUCAGAGCCCAGGGAUUGGUGGUGGGACAACAAUGAGUGGUCAGAGGGAGAAGGGGGAGAAGUCUGAUAGAAGGAGAUGUGGGAAACUGAAGACGUAACCGGGCUUAGUGAGCUGGGAGAGUCUGUGGCAGAAAGAAGACCAGAAUCAGGGGGGAAAGCCAAAGCAGGUGAAUAGGAGGAGGGAGGUAAAGAGAUAGAAAUGCGAGGAGUCACAAAUGUCUUCCUCUCCUGCUGCGACAAGCUCCUCUCACUCCCAGAACCAAAAGAGGCAUGAAAAGGGAGGAGCAAAGACAGACACACAGGCACGGUCUCUGAUUGCUUGGAAAAAGCUCUGGAGAUGGCUCCCCACAUAGAUAGCUGUGAGGAGGCAGGGACCUUUAGUCUCGGCAACUGGUUUCAUGGUUUUUUUUUUAAAAAAGGUAAAGUACUCCUGGACAAUUAAGUCUAGUCAAAGGCAACUAUGGGGUUGCAGCACUCAUCUCGCUUUCAGGCCGAGGGAGCCGGCGUUUGUCCACAGACAGCUUUCUGGGACUAAACCGCUUCUGGCACAACAGGAUACCGUGACCGAAACCAGAGUGCACGGAAACACUGUUUACCUUCCCACCACAGUGAUACCUAUUUAUCUACUUGUACUGGUGUGCUUUAGAACGGCUAGGUUGGUAGGAACUGGGAAAGAACAACAGGAGCUCACCCCGUUGCGGGGAUUCGAACUGCUGACCUUCUGAUUGGCAAGCUCAAGAGGCUCAGUGGUUUAGACCACAGUGCCACCCACGUAAUGGGGUAACACAUACAGGGAAUGAACUGCUCUGCUCAUUAAGGCUGACACUCAGCCCAGUCUGUGAAGAUCAUGUUUUGCUAAUAAAGAGAUAACUCCAGCUUUGAACUGUGUGAUUUCCUGGCUGGUGUUUGCUCAAUGACGUGUGCAGGAAAUGUUUCAGAAGAAGGCACAAACUCCAGUCGCCAUCAAAUAAUUCAUGAAGUGGGAGAGAGUGUAUUAUAAUUUGGCAUUGUUAUUAUGAGGCUAUUAUUGGAUUAUUGUAAUUGGAAAACUAAUAAAAUCAGUAUCACAUAUGAAUAAUAAUAAUAAAAUGCCAAAUGUUAAAAACUUAAGGGCAGGAUGUGAGGAGAAAAGGAAGUAACUUUAAGGAUCCAGUGCUGAGUUUAAAGACGUCUGGAUGUCAGAUCCCAGAAUGUAAGUUUCUCAGGGAGAGGUAUCUCCCAGCUCACUUUGCCAGGUCUGCCCCAAAUGGUAGACCUGUUGCUGGCUGGUAGUUCUUUUUGUUCACUGGAAAAAGGUGUAGCCUUUUCAGGCUUUGCCUUCGGGUGGGAAGAGCAUUGCGCCCGGGAAGGCAAGUGGGAGUCAAAUAGACACUCAAGGGAUAAUCCAGAGAAAGAGCUUUAUUGCUACCAUCCGGGCUGGUAGAAGGAGUAAGCGUGAUAACUCACAAGCUUAGCACAAGUUUUGCAGCCAUGUGCACAGAGCAUAUAUCCCCUCCAGUUCCCUCCUCUUUCUCCCCCUCCUCAGGAGCCCUGCCCCAUGAUGAGUUUUCCUGAGCAUGAACAGAAACUCCUGUCUUGUGACUCCUGGCACCCUUCCCAGGAAAAGGGGGGUUGAGAAGCCUGUGCCUCUGGUUGGCAUUGACAGAGCCUAUUCAUUAGCUUUGAAGCUUUUUGUGCUGAUAAAAAUAAUGUUUUGCUUAUGCAGCAGCAUCUUGUGAGAAAAGCUGAAGCUGUGGAUUUUAGAAGAGAGAAAAGGGAAUUUGGGGGCCUAGCUACAGUUUUUGAGGCCUGGAGUGAUUUCACAGACAGGAUUUGGGUAUCCUGUCCCUUCAAAGGGAGUGAAAUGUAAUUCUGCUUGCUCCCUUUAGUUUCCCCACCACCCUAUGGAGAUACGAGGCCACAUAUGGUCAAAUCUCCUCACAGUAAUAAUAACAAUAAAAAUAAUUUAUUUAUAUCCCGCCCUCCCCAGCCGAAGCUGGUCUCAGAGCAGCUAACAACAAUAAAAGUAACACAGCAUUCUAAAAUCAAUUCAUUUUAAAAUCAAUUCAAAAUCAAAUUAAUGGCAGCCAUUGGGCUAGAGUUCUGUGAGGAUUACCAAAGGAGAGGGUCAGACUGUGCCUUGGCCAGCAACACAGCCUUUCGUGAGCAACUUUCUGGGGGCCGCAUGCUGGUGGUGGGAGGGGCCAAAGGCAAAAGUGACCGAUUGAUGGAGGUGACAUUUGUACAAUAGGCUGAAUUUCAGUCAGACACACACAGACAGGAUUAAUCCCACUUCCAGAGCGAUACACGCCGUACGUCUGAAGCACAUGGCUUCCCUAAGGAAUUCUGGGAACUGCAGUUUACCUCUCAUGGAGCUACCAUUCCCGGCACCCUGAACAAACUACAGUUCCCAAGAUUCUUUGGGGGGGGGGUUAUGCAUUUUAAAUGCAUGGUGUGUAUGCAGCCGAAGAACACCACAAAAGCGGCAUGGAGCCUGACUGGUGAAGGCGUUUGGCCUCCAGGACUGAGGUUCCCCCACCAUGAACAGCUACAAUUUCAAGCAUGAUGAAUUCAUUCAGGACUUUUAUGGCUGGUUGUGUGUGUGUGGUGCAAAAAAAAGGGGGGACGGAAGGAAACAGCCAAUCUGGAGGUGCAGCAACCCCUACUUUACUUGUUUUAACACCUCCCCUAAAGUUCUUCCCGUUCAAAAUCGUUCUCAAUGUCAGAGCUGAACGAUGGGGGUGGAGACGCUCCUUCAGAUAUACUGGACUGAGGCCGUUUAGGGCUUUAAAGGUCAGCACCAACACUUUGAAUUGUGCUCAGAAAUGUACUGGGAGCCAAUGUAGGUCUUUCAAGACCAGUGUUAUGUGGCCUCAGCAGCCGCCCCCAGUCACCAGUCUAGCGGCCGCAUUCUGGAUGAAUUGCAGUUUCCUGGUCACCUUCAAAGGUAGCCCCACGUAGAGCACAUUGCAGUAGUCCAAGCGGGAGAUAACUAGAGCAUGCACCACUCUGGCGAGACAGUCUGCGGGCAGGUAGGGUCUCAGCCUGCGUACCAGAUGGAGCUGGUAGACAGCUGCCCUGGACACAGAAUUGACCUGCGCCUCCAUGGACAGCUGUGAGUCCAAAAUGACUCCCAGGCUGCGCACCUGGUCCUUCAGGGGCACAGUUACCCCAUUCAGGACCAGGGAGUCCCCCACACCUGCCCGCCCCCUGUCCCCUCAAAACAGUACUUCUGUCUUGUCAAGAUUCAACCUCAAUCCGUUAGCCGCCAGCCAUCCUCAAACCUGACACACUAACCACUGCUGGCUUUAAAAGAAGACUGGAGGAAGUCAUGGACGACUAGGCCAUCUGUGGCUGCUACUAGUGAUGCCUCUGGGUGCCAGUCACUGGGAAUCUCAGGAAGGUUGGAGUCCCACGCUCCAACCACUGCACCGCACCACACGGGCUCCGUGAAGUCAGCUCCUUGCGUCGGCAGAGAACGAGACUCUUAAUCUCAGGGCCGUGGGUUCAAGCCCCACGUUGGGCAAAAAAGAUCCCUGCAUCGCAAUGGGGUUGGACUUGAUGACCCCUGGGGGUCCCUUCCAACUCAACAGUUCUAUGGCUCUAUGUCAUAAAGUGUGGCUCAUGGCCAGCCUUUUCCACGCCUCCCUGAAUUGACCCAGUUGAUGGUGGAGUUGUUGCUGUUGUUUUAGAAACCUGAUGAUGCUUUGGACACACACCCCAGUCCUUGCUUAGAGCGUGGUGCUGAUAACGGCAAGGUUGCAGGUUCGAUCCCCGUCUGGGGCAGCUGCCUAUUCCUGCAUUGCAAGGGGGUUGGACUGGAUGAUCCUCAGGGUCCCUUCCGAGGCCACAAUUCCACAACAUUACGAUUCUAUGCACGGCUUCAGCUCGGCCUACCUCACAAGGUUGUUGUGAGGAUAAUAUGAGGCGGGCAGGAGAACCAAGUGCGUGGUAUGGGGGUCCUUUGUGGGAAAAGUCCUUGGAUAUAUACCGUAUUUUUCACUCCAUAAGACGCACCCGACCAUAAGAUGCACCUAGUUUUUAGAGGAGGAAAACAAGAAAAAAAAUAUUCUGAACGAAACAGUGGAUGUAUGAUUUUUGUGGUUCGUGCUGUGGCCACAGACAUGUGAUUUGACGGUGAGUUUGGGGUAGCCCAAUGCAAAAAUCCUGAGGAUCCGUGUGGAUCCGUGCUUUGUAACUACGUUUUUGCGCCAUUGCGGCCCCACAGAUCAGUGGAUGUGUGGGGGGUUUUUUGUGCAGGCUGUAGCCAUGGACAUGCUAUGUGAUCUGAUGGUGAAUUUGGGGUGAUCCAAUGCAAAAAUCCUGAGGAUCCAUGUGGAUCCGUGCUUUGUAACCACGUAACAAACAAACAGCCUUGUGGCGGGGCUGUUUCCAUGGGCUAUGUUCGUUUGGGAACCUGAAGUGCGCCUGCAAAGCACCCAUCUGCCUUUCCUCCUUGGCGGCUGCUUUGAGAGCAAGCCGUGCAGAGGCUGGGCUUCAAAGGGUUAAAACGAAGCGAGCUCGAUUCCUAGAGAAGAAGUGAAUUGGGAGGGGGGGAGGAGGAGGAGGCGUCCUCUGCAGCCAAAGCACCUCCUCUCUGAAGCCCCUUUUCCUGCCUGGCUCUUCCACUUGGGAGGGUCAUUUCCAAAUCCUGCGUCUGCAAUCUGGUGAGCCUCCGCCCCCGUACCCAUUGCACAGGGUGCCCCAGGGAGAGGGUGCCCGCGGGGGGGCCUGUUUAUCCCAUGCCCCCCAAAUCAGGGAGUGGGGCUCCCUCCAGCAAGGCCAGGAAGCCGCUGGGGGUGCGCUGUGUCUGCAUCUCUUGAGACGGCCAAUGCAUUUCCGCGGGUUGGUCUAGAUGACACAAGGGGACCCUUUCCAGCUCUGCGGUUCUAUGAAUUGUGCAUUGCACUGCGAUUAGAAUUAAUGCCCCUCCAAUAACACACACGGGACGCGGGUGGCGCUGUGGGUUAAACCGGCUUGCCGAUCAGAAGGUCGACAGUUCGAAUCCCCGCGACGGGGUGAGCUCCCGUUGCUCGGUCCCUGCUCCUGCCAACCUAGCAGUUCGAAAGCACGUCAAAGUGCAAGUAGAUAAAUAGGUACCGCUCUGGCGGGAAGGUAAACAGCAUUUCCGUGCGCUGCUCUGGUUUGCCAGAAGCGGCUUAGUCAUGCUGGCCACAUGACCAGGAAGCUGUACGCCAGCUCCCUCGGCCAAUAAAGCGAAAUGAGCGCCGCAACCCCAGAGUCGGUCACGACUGGACCUAAUGGUCAGGGGUCCCUUUACCUUUACUUAAUAACACACACAUGAUGGCAAUUCAGACACCAGCUCCUGAGAUGCGUGCGCGGGACUUUCAUUCAGAUCCCUGGGGUUGGACUAGAUGACCCCCAGGGUCCCUUCCAACGCCACGAUUCUACGCUUCUGCCAGAAGGCACUUAACUUGAAAACUGGCAAGCCAUCAAACCCAGCAAAGGAAAACCCGGCUGAAAAUAAGCGUUUGCUUACUUGCUCUUGUUCCAUUUUGUGAAGCGCAAACGCCCGGCCUUCAGCCCAGGAUUGCAAGACAGUUUAUAUAUGAAUUUAAGAAUGGAAAGAAAAUAGGGAUCCGAAAAACCCAGCUGGGAGCAGCAGGCUAUGACAGAGCAGGAUUGCAGGAGAGGCCAGGAAACCCUCUUUCCCUCCCACCCACCCAUAGGUGCUGAAUUGUAGGAGAUCUAGGAGUUUUUCAGCUUCAAAACCAUAGGUGGGAAGAGUUGCUGUUAGUGAGAUGUACCAUAUUGGCCCAAAUAUAAGCCACACUCCCCCUACCCCAAUUCUGAUCGUGAAAAGUUAAAUUGCAGCUUAUAUUCUGGACCUUACGCUGCUGGCAAAGUGGCUCCCCCCCCCCCCCCAAGUAGCCUAUAUUCGGCUUAUAUUCGGGCCAAUAUGGUAAAUAAAGAUUUGGAAAGGAGAUGGAUGGAUGGAUGGAUGGAUGGAUGGAUGGAUUCAGCGUACCCUACCUCACAGGGAAGGGUAGACAAGAUACUGAUCCAGACCUUUGGGCGAGCUGUUUGGCCUCUGCAUUUGUUCCUAAGGGGUUUAUCCGUUAUUGCUGGUGUUGUAUUGCAUAAUUAAAAAUAUUCCUGUUAUCUUUCUUUGUUACAAUUCCAUGCCGUCUUUCCUCUGAGGACCACAGGGCGGUUUACAAUAGAAAAACACACAGAUGCAUAACAUAAUAGCAAAAUAAACCAUAAGCCCCUCCCCCCCAUGACUAAAACGGGGAGGGGGUAUAUCUUCAGCAGCAAUUUAGGCUUUAAGCAUGUGUGGAAUAAGCGGAUUAAUCAACUGUGUGCAAGCAAUGCAGUGAAUCCAAUUGACAUUGCUUUUGUUGAGUGGCAACUCUGGUUUAAACCAGUGGUUGCCAACCUUUUUUUGGCCAUGCCCCACCUAAGCAUCUCUAAAAUCCUUAUCCCCUCCCAAUGACAUAUAAUUCUUAUUAUUCAAAAAGUGAAUUCCUAUUCAUGUGGAGGAAGCCUAAAAGACCAUUAGCUGUUAAUAACUGAUUCUUGAAUUGCCCCCGUUAAAAAUCAAAUUGCCCCCCUGUUGGGAACCAACUCCAGUGUUAUUUACUUAUUCUAUAUCAGUGGUGUAGGAUUGAAGUUGUUGACCAUUUUUUUUAGGAAUUUACCUCAGUGUUGUUUGUUGAGAUAUUUUUUAUGGUUGAAGUUGUUGGGUUUUUUUUAGCACUGAAGUUAUUGAGGUGUUUUUUUUAGGAUUUUACCCCAGGAAAUAAACUGCCACAGGGGGCUGGAUUAAACUGACCAGCAGGCCAGAUUAGGCUCCCUAAACGGAUGUGCCUGAAUACGGGGGGGGGGGGGAUCUUCUUUUCCCUUUCUGCCCUCCAGUCUCUUUGAAUGUCAGCGUUCAUCAGCCUUUCCUUCCUAGAGAAAGAAGACCUGGUUGUGAAUAGGAUUGGGCGACAUCCGGUUUUUAACAUCGUGAUAUAUCACCAGCUAAAAUCAGGAUGUCUUAAAUAAGAAUGGAGCAAUGCAGAGUCAUUGGCCGGCUUCACGGUUUUUCCUGCAUCGUGAUUUUUGCAAAGCACACACACACAUCAUGAUUCACGAUAUAUUGCCAGGUCAAAAAUUAUGAAUCACAAUAUGGACUUGAAAACCGGGUUUGGACGAUAUAUCGAUAUAUCGCCCAGCCCUGAUUGAGAGCCAUGCUUCUUUAACAAAUUGUUGUUGUUUAGUUGUUUAGUUGUGUCCGCCUCUUCGUGACCCCCUGGACCAGAGCACGCCAGGCACUUCUGUCUUCCACUGCCUCCCGCAGUUUGGCCAAAUUCAUGCUGGUAGCUUCGAGAACACUGUCCUUUAACUAAUACAGGGAAUCUUUUUACUGACAACAUGAUAAUUCUAACACGGAAAAAAUGUCUUGGCUUUGCAGGAUUUGGUUGUGAAGAGAUCAAUGAGAACAGCCUUGCCCUGAGAAACAGACCAAAAAAGGCUGAGGGAAGAGACCACAAUUCUAUCAAGAUUUGGAGCAGUGGGAGAUUCUGGGAAAGAGCCAUGCAGGAGAUCCUGAGCGAGGAAGAUGCCCUCAGCUCAGACGUACAGCACCAGCGUUUCAGGCAAUUCCGCUACCAGGAGGCCAAGGGGCCCCGAGAGGUUUGCAGCCGACUCCACCACCUUUGCCGUGAGUGGCUGAAGCCGGAGCGACACACCAAGGCUCAGAUCCUGGAUUUAGUGAUCUUGGAGCAGUUCCUGGCUGUCCUCCCCCCAGAGAUGGAGAACUGGGUGAGGGAAUGUGGAGCAGAGACCAGUUCCCAGGCAGUGGCCCUGGCUGAAGGUUUCCUCCUGAGUUGGGCAGAGGACCAGAAGCAGGAGAAGGAGCAGGUGAGAGCGUUUCAUCUUGAUUAUGGAUGUGUCCUGCAAAAUAUGUUGAAUUAAAAAUUACCAUCAUCCCUAAUAAUAAUAUUUUAUUUACACCCUGCCCAUCUGGCUGGCUCUCCCCAGCCACUCUGGGUGGCUCCCAAUAGAAUAUUAAAAACAUGAUAAAACAUCAAACAUUAAAAACUUCCAUAAACAGGGCUGCCUUCAGAUGUCUUCUAAAAGACACAUAGUUGUUUAUCUCCUUGACAUCUGAUGGGAGGACGUUCUACAGGGAGGGUGCCACCACCGAGAAGGCCCUCUGCCUCGUUCCCUGUUACCUCACUUCUCUCAGGGAGGGAACCGCCAGAAGGCCCUUGGAAGAGACCUCAGUGUCCAGGCUGAACGAUGGGGGUGGAGACACUCCUUCAGGUAUACUGGGCCGAGGCCAUUUAGGGCUUUAAAGGUCAGCACCAACACUUUGAAUUGUGCUCGGAAACAUACUGGGAGCCAAUGUAGGUCCUGCAGGACCCUGAACAUUGUAUUUGCUGGGGCUGGUGGUGUUUGGAAUCUGCAGGGAACCCUUGAGUUUGAAACUCCCAAGGGUCUUGGAAUGGAAGGGUUGAUAUAAAAAAACCUCUGUUCGUUUUCCUACUUUCACUGGAAAUCAGCCAAACAGGAAUAUCCUUCAGGUUUCUGCCUUUGCCAUCCCUUUUUUUAAUUCUUCUCCCCAUGUGAUGUCUUCUAUCCCUAUUGCAGUUUCGGGUAAAGGAUCCAGCGACAGAAAUGAGGACUGAUUUCCCUAAAGCAGAGAGGGCUCCGUCCGUCAAAGGUCAGAGGUCACCAGGUACGGAUUCAAGGCUUCUAUUUCAGUUUGUUUUCUCUCUGCAUAUUUUGAAGGAAAACCUUUUAUCUUUUGGGGGAAGGGACUUGCUUUACAGUGGAACCUCUGGUUGCGUACUUAAUUCGUUCCGGGGGUCCAUUCUUAACCUGAAACUGUUCUUAACCUGAGGUACCACUUUAGCUUAUGGGGCUGCUGCACCGCCGCUGCACAAUUUCUGUUCUCAUCCUGAAGCAAAGUUCUUAACCCGAGGUACUAUUUCUGGGUUAGCGGAGUCUGUAACCUGAAGCGUUUGUAACCCGAGGUACCACUAUUUGCAACACUUCACACCCCUGAUUUCUGGUUAGGAACCAGAGACAGGUUUUCACACGAUCGAAAUAUAAAGAGUAUAAACUGCUGGAAUGCACUCAUCAUAUAGGACCUUUCCUAAAUGAGACAUGCAGUCGCUCAAUCUUGCGUGUUUUAAUGGGUUCGUGGCACAUUUGUCUCUCGCAGGUGACAGAAUGAAGCCACACAUACCUGCUCAGACAUCUCUUCUUUGCGGUGUUGAAGAAGGAGCAGCUGUGAAACCAGAUCAGGUGGGAGGAUAAAUCACUGGGGGAAAGAGGCCACUUUCCUCUCUGAUCCUAAACAGAUCUCUCUCUUCCUCUUAGCUUCUGUCAAAGCUGCCCCUAAUGAAGGCUGUUUCUGCCCCACCCCCCCAAAAAACCCCAUUUAAAUAUUGAGAAUAAUGACCAGCCACUUCACCACAACUAGUAUUUUGGUUGCGGCUAGUCGAUAAUCUUUGUGCAAUGUGCAAGGAGGAAAAACGUUUUCUGUUUCUUUCAGGGUCCGGUAUCCUUUGAGGAUGUGGCUGUGUGGUUCACAGAAGAGGAGUGGGAUCUGCUGGAUCCUGACCAGAGAGCUCUGCAUAACCAAGUCAUGGAGGAGAGCCUUUGGAUUCUGUCCUCUCUCGGUGAGGCUCUCUCUUGGAUCAUAAUCUCUGUUUCAUAAUUCAGAAUUUCUUUAUAUAGUGAAACUCUGUAAUCUGGCGUAGCUCAGCAUCCCUGCCUGUGCGAUAAAUGUUGUAAGGACGUUCUCUGAAUACACACCCUCCACUUUUGCCAUUCUUAGCAAUGGCCUGACUGGUUUAAACUGGCCAGGCUUUUUCAGAAUGGAAGUUUCAGAUCUGAUAUGGCAGUGGAACUAGUAUCUCAGCUAUUUCCUGGUUGGCUGGAAAGACGACUGAUGUCAGAAGAUGGAGCAGAUUUCUUGAUUGGGCCAAACAGCAAACCAUGGCAGAAAAAAGGCUGGGAUUUCCUGGUUUCAAGUACCCACAAAUGCGAGAUUCUUUUGCCUCUCAAAAAACAUCUGAUCAGGAGUCAAGUAUGCUCUCUUUCAGAGCCUACAUCCAUUUCCCCCACUUCUCCCCAAUAAAAAAGUUAUAUACGUAUAUAUUUUCCCACAUUUGGCUUGAAAGACCCUUGUUUGGAGUUCUCACUAAACCUUUUCCUCACAUGCUCGUAUGCUGCAUCUAACCUCCAUUUUGGUUCCAUCAUACAUUGUCAGGUUUCUGUACAGCUUUUUAUUUUGGGCCUUGGGAUGGCUUUGUUUAUAUUUUUCCUAUAGGUGGUGUGGAGGGAGGAGUACCAAAAAGGGGAUUCAGAUACUCCCUCCUACAGAUGGGCAGACCAGCUUAUGGAACGAGGAUCUUCCUCACUAUUGGGUGCCUAUUGUGAUUUUUUUUGGGGGGGGGGUGAGGUUUGAUGACCCUUACAGGACUGGGACAGCCAAAAUAGUGCCCUCUUAAGGUUUUUGGAUUUUAGUUUCCAUCAUUCCUGAGCAUUGCGAUUGUGGCUGGGGCUGAGAGGAAUGGGAGUGGUUACCCCUAUUUUAUGAAAAGGGUUUGGCCUAAAAAAGUCUGGGAUGCUCUGCCAUUUGCCCCCCAUAUCUAUCCUCCAGUUGUUUCUUUUGCAACUAACAGUUUGGAAGAGAUAAUAAUAAUAAUAUUUUUUUAUUUAUACCCCGCCCAUCUGGCUGGGUUUCCCCAGCCACUCUGACCGACUCCCAACAGAAUAUUAAAAACACAAUAAAACAUCAGACAUUAAAAACUUCCCUAAACAAGGCUGCUUUCAGGUGUCUUCUAAAAGUCAGAUAGUUGUUUAUUUCCUUGACAUCUGAUGGGAGGGCAUUCCACAGGGCAGGUGCCACUACCGAGAAGGCCCUCUGCCUGGUUCCCUGUAACCUCACUUCUUGCAAGGAGGGAACUACCAGAAGGCCCUCAGAGCUGGACCUCAGUGUCCGGGCAGAACGAUGGGGGUGGAGACGCUCCUUCAGGUAUACUGGACCGAGGCCGUUUAGGGCUUUCAAGGUCAGCACCAAAACUUUGAAUUGUGCUCGGAAACAUACUGGAAACCAAUGUAGAUGACGCAUGGUUCUUCCAUUUACCUGUACAACAACCUUGUGAAGUAGACCGAGGUGAGUGUGAUUAGCCCAAGAUCACCCGACGAAUUUCCUAUCUGAGCUAGAAGCUGAACUCAACAGCCUAUAUAGCACAGCAGCUGGAAUUAAUCUGUGGUCAGACCUGCCUCCCAUCUAAAUCCUUCCAGCUCUUCCUUGAUCACAAGUGUUGAAGCUGCUCAGUGAUUUGAGACUAUGUUUUCCCCUCAGGCUCUUAUCUGCUUACUCUCUCUCUUCUUUGCAGAAGGUGACGAAUGGGAAACCCAGAAUAAGGGAGAUCUACUUGGGAAAGAGACAUUGGAAAGGGAGGGACGUGAAGGGAAGAGGAGAAAUAGAUUGUCCGCUUCUCGGGGAUGUGACUACCGUGAAAUUGCGGCCCGAGAAGAAACGGAUGAGAGAAAGGCAACAGGGAUACCCUGUGUGAACAGGGGAAGUCUCCGUUCUAAAAGGGGACGUAAACCCAGCGUCAAAACCCACUCAAGGGAGAAUUCUUACGAGCACUCGGAGUGCGGAACAAGCAUCAUUUGUGUCGCUUCCCAUCAAGGAAUUCACGGCACGGAGAAACCCUAUAUUUGCGCCGAGUGUGGGAAAAGCUUCCCUUACACCUCUGGCCUUAUUUCUCACCGAAGGGUUCACACGGGGGAGAAGCCAUACCGGUGCUUGGAAUGCGGAAAGACCUUCAGCCAGAAGAAACACCUCAGCAACCACCGGGCGAUUCACACGGAGGAAAAACCGUACCGGUGCCUGGAGUGCGGGCGGAGCUUCAACUGCCGCUAUAAUCUGAUUCGGCACCAGAGGAUCCACACCGGGGAGAAACCGUAUCAAUGCCCGGAUUGUGGGAGGGGCUUCCGGCACAGCUCCACCCUCUCUUCCCACCAGAGACUUCACACCGGGGAGAAACCGUAUCCAUGCCCCGAGUGUGGGAAGCGCUUCAGGGAUCGGUCUCACCUGUAUUCCCACCAAAAAGUUCACACGGGAGAGAAACCGUACGCUUGUCUGGAAUGCGGGAAGCGCUUCUACCAGAAGAAGCACCUACGUAAGCAUCAGGUAAUUCACACAGAGGUGAAGCCCCACAGGUGCUUGGAGUGCGGAAAGGGCUUCCGCUGCCGUUUCAAGCUAACCCGCCACCAAAGGACCCACACGGGGGAGAAGCAGUAUCGGUGCUUGGAGUGCGGAAAGAGCUUCAAAUGCAGUGCCGCCCUUUGUUCCCAUGAAAGGAUCCACACGGGGGAGAAGCCGUUUCAGUGCCCUGAGUGUGGGAAGGCCUUCAGAGCAAAGUCCCACCUGUAUUCCCACAAAAGGAUUCACACGGGAGAGAAACCCUACCCGUGUCUGGAAUGCGGGAAGGCCUUCCGGCGGCAGGAGCACCUUGUCAACCACCAAGCGUUGAUUCACACGGCGAAUAAGCCCUAUAAAUGCCUGGAGUGCGGAAAGAGUUUCAGCCAGGCUAUUUACCUUACGUACCAUCAGAGCAUUCACACGGGGGAUAAAUCGUACCCGUGCUUGGAGUGCGGGAAGAGCUUCUACAGCCAGAAAAGCCUCAGUUCCCAUCAAAGAGCUCACAAAAGGGACCGCAAGAAGAUCAAACCUCUCCAUUCUGAAGGAAAUCAGCCCUGAGUGCUCACUGGAAGGACAGAUCCUGAAGCUGAGACUCCAAUACUUUGGCCACCUCAUGAGAAGAGAAGACUCCCUGGAAAAGACCCUGAUGUUGGGAAAGACUGAGAGCACAAGGAGAAGGGGACGACAGAGGACGAGAUGGUUGGACAGUGUUAUCAAAGCUACCAGCAUGAGUCUGACCAACCUGCGGGAGGCAGUGGAAGACAGGAGUGCCUGGCGUGCUCUGGUCCAUGGGGUCAUGAAGAGUCGGAUACGACUAAACAACAACAAAUAAAAAAAGGGGGAGUGGGGGAGAGAAUUUGAGUAGAAAUACAAACUUCUGUUGUCGUAAAGCGGAGAGCAGUAUUUAUUCUUGAUGUCUUUUUUAAAAGGUUCAGUGGUAAUGCACACAGGGGAGAAGCUGUGCUUCCGGAAAGGAACAAAUUUUCAUGAAAGUGAAUUCUUUAAUUUGCCCUAAAUAAUGCAAGAGGGUAGGGAACAAACAGAAUGCUAGAGGGUGAAAAUCCCAUUUGCGAAUAUUUAUUUCCGAUUUACUGGCGGAAGAGGUGAAGGC